ACCAGCAGGCGUUCCGGGAGGGCUCCCAUCCUGGGGUGUGGGAUUCCCGCAGAGACCUCAGUGGACCGUCAGAGGAGCUGGGGUGGGAUGGGGAUGUCAAAAGACGGAUCGGUGGGUGGGGGCCCCGCACCCCCAGCACGAGGACGGCGGAAGCCCGGCCCCGAGGACCCCGCGGCCGCGCGAAUGGGUGAACCUGACCCCUCCGGGAAACCCUACCGCGCAGCUCUCCCCUGGCUCACCCGCCGCCACCCCACUGGCGGAACUUCUUUAGAAUUCGGGGCGUGUGUGUGAUUUCCCAGCGAGGGCGGGCCAGGGGCGCUCUCCAACAAGGGGACCGUCCUACAGCACCCCCAUCAGGGCUGGGAGCCUGGAGCGGGGCAGCUUGCCCCGUGGUGGCGCGCAGCCGCCGGCCCGAGGGAGCUCCCGGGCGUGCGGGUCUCACCCCAUCGGACCCUCGCGUCCACCUCCGCCUCCCUCGUCCCGGCCUUCGGUCCCCGCCCGAAGGGGCAGCCGGGGGAGUCGCACGUGGGGCGUUGGGUCCCGAGGUCCGGGUGCCGGGGUGGGGGCUGGGGCGCCGGCCGGCCGGGAAAGUGGGAGGGGACAGGUUGGGGGGUGGUCUCUGAGGAGGAGCCAGGCCGGACCGUAUUGUUCCACACUCGCCGCCGCGAGCGCGCGGCGCCGGCCGGGGAAGGCGUGCGGGGCGCGGGGCGCGGGGCUUCCCGGGCUCGCCCCCCCAACCCCCGCCGCGGGACCCCGCCAAGAGGCCCGAGCCUUCCGGCGCGCCCGGAGACGCCGCUGCCCGGGGGUCCUCGGAGGGAGGGGCCUGCCCAGGUGCGGCGCGCGGAGCGGAGGCGGCCGGCGCCGGUGGGGGCCGGGAAGUCCCAGCGGGCCGCCCCCCUGCAGCGCAGCCCCCUCCCCUCCCCCCCACCGCCGGGUCCGCGGGCCCGGAAGCCGGGUGGGCGGCGCGGGAGCGGGGGCCCCCACCUCCCCUCCUCCGCACCCCGUGCCCCGCGGGGGGCCAUGGCCGCGGGUCUCGGCCGCAGCGAGCCGCCGCGCGGAUGCCGGGGCGCCCCUCCCUAGCGGGGCGCUGCCUCCGGGGCUCCCGGCGGAUCGGCGGCAUGGGGGGCGGGGGGUCGGCCCUGAGGGUCUGCGCCGACCACCGCGGGGGCAUCAACUGGCUCAGCCUGAGCCCGGACGGGCGGCGCCUGCUGACGGGCAGCGAGGACGGCACGGCCAGGCUCUGGAGCACCGCGGACGGCCAGUGCUGCGCCCUCCUGCAAGGCCACGAGAGCUACGUGACCUUCUGCCACCUGGAGGACGAGGCCGCCUUCACGUGCAGCGCUGACUGUACCAUCCGGAAGUGGGACGUGCGGACCGGGCAGUGCCUGCAGGUGUUCCGGGGACACACGUCCAUCGUGAACAGGAUCCUGGUGGCCGACAACCAGCUGUUCAGCGGCUCCUACGACCGGACAGCUCGAGCCUGGAGCGUGGACAAGGGGCAGGUGUCCCAGGAGUUCCGGGGCCACCGCAACUGCGUGCUGACCCUCGCCUACUCCGCCCCCUGGGACCUGCCCAGGGCCCCCUGCGCCGAGGAGGCCGGGGGGCUGCUGGUGACGGGCAGCACCGACGGCACGGCCAGGGUGUGGCAGGUGGCCGGCGGCGGCUGCUGGCAGACGCUGCGGGGCCACACGGGCGCCGUGCUCUGCCUUGUGCUGGACACGCCCAGUCACACGGCCUUCACCGGCAGCACCGACGCCACCAUCCGCGCCUGGGACAUCCUGAGCGGGGAACAGCUGCGGGUGUUCAGGGAGCACCAGGGCCCCGUCAUCUGUCUGGAGCUCGUGAACCGGCACGUGUACUCGGGGAGCGCGGACAGGACGGUCAAGUGCUGGCUGGCAGACACGGGGGAGCGCGUGCGCACGUUUGCAGCCCACGGACACAGCGUGAGCGCCCUCAAAUACCACGCGGGCACCUUGUUCACGGGCAGCGGGGACGCCCGCGCGCGCGCCUUCGACGCCGAGUCUGGAGCGCUGCAGAGGGUGUUCCGCGGUCACGCCUUCGUCAUCAACUGCAUCCAGGUGCACGGCCAGGUGCUCUACACGGCCUCGCACGACGGCGCGCUGCGCCUCUGGGACGUGCGCGGCCUCCCGUGCGCGCCGCCGCCGCCGGCCCCGCCGCCCCCCGCGCGCGGCCGCUCCCGCCUCUUCAGCAACAAGGUGGGCUGCGCCGCCGCGCCCCUGCAGCCGGCCUGAGCGCCCGAGACCCACCCGCCGGCGGACCGACGGACCCCCGCCCGCGACCUGGGCAGUGGGCUCUGCCCGUCCUCCGUGUCCGUGGACUUUGGCAGCCCCGUCCCGUGGAGGGGGACCGUGCUCGCCCUCGGGGACGGA